AUGGUCAAACUUCUCCAGCAAAUCGAAGACUCUGUCCCAGAUGAACAGAAGCAACAGAUAGCCGACACGUUAAGCCGUGUUACGGCUGAUGUCUCAGAUGCCAUGGCAUUGUCAGAACACGAAAGUCCACCCACUACGGAAGAUACAGGCACAGAAUCUGAUGUGUCUGCUGGUGUCGGCUCCAACUACGAAGCUGACAUCCUGGAUGAGGACUUGCACAAGGAAAGAGACUCCCAGUCGACUGGAUUUAUUGGGAAGAGCUCGGAAGUGCAAUGGCUUCGGCAUCUGCAGCACGAUACGGAACGCGAUAAAGAAUCACUAUCGGCUUCAGAAAGUCUAUACGUUUUUCCCUCAGUAACUCCAGAAUUUUCGAAGCGACGCACGGAAAUUUUGAGACAGCAUCAACAGCAAAAGUCAAAGAUACCGACAAGCAUUUCUACGUUCUACCUGGAUAACGAAGGCAUAGAGAUAGACUAUGCUGUCGAGCCGUACAAGUUGCCAACCAUCGAGGUUGCCCAGAGACUAAUCCAGCGCUACAUGCACACUGUUCACGACACUUUUCCAGUACUUUCGCAAGAAACUUUUAUCAACCAAGUUCGCGGUUACUAUGCAUCCGUAACGCAAGGAACGCCUUGCGAUAUGUCAGAGACAUGGCUGGCCAUGUUGAACCUUGUUUUUGCUAUAGGAGCAAGGUUUUCACAUUUAACAGAAGCAGACUGGCAGGCAGACAGCCGAGAUCAUAUCGUCUAUCAAUCUCGUGCCCAAAUUUUGGACCUAGGAGAGCCUUCACUAGCUCAUCAGCCAGACCUUGCGCGAAUCCAGGUCACUGCCCUCUUCGCCUUCUAUUUUUCAACUGUCGGUAAUGUUAAUAGGUCAUGGGUUGCUAUUGGCAUUGCUCUUCGUUACGCACUAGCGCUUGGGUUACACCUUCGUAAUGAGGAUGAAACCCUUAGCACAGCCGAAAAAGAGAUCUUGGUGCAUGUUUGGUGGGCUCUACAGAUCUUUGAAGGUAGUUUGAGUAUCAUGCUCGGCAGACCAAGUCUUGUUCACGAAGACCAGUACUCCACUCCAUUGCCGUUACCAGUGUCGAUGGAACAACUGUCAGACGAUUUUGCCACGCCAUAUUGGGACAACCAGUACAAAGGGGCCGGGAUCCAUGGCGAUGCUGGUAGAUCUGCGCCGACUGCUUCGGAGCCGUCUAGCGCGAGCUCGCUACUGAGACAUAUGGCAGAAAUCAAUGUCAUAGGGCAGAACGCUAUGGCUGGCUUGUACUCCGCCAAUAUAUCGACAAAAUCAUGGAAGGACAUUCAGCGGACGAUGGUUGAUUUGUGUGGUGAGCUCGAGCGAUGGAAACAAAUGCUUCCGCAAGGUCUUGACUCCAUUUCGUGGAACGACGUUAGUCGUUUUGGGCGCAACCGCCUCAUGUUGCAGAUGAGCUACAUCAGGGUACAAAUCCUAACCACUCGGCCGUGUCUGUGUAGAGUCAACAGUCGUAUCCCUAACCAGACUGAGUCUUCUGCCAGCUGUAACGGAGACAUGGCCCGCGCAUGUGUCAAUGCCGCCAAAAAGCUCACGGACAUCUUACCGGACCACGCGACUGCGGCUCAGAUGUUUGAAACUGGGCCCUGGUGGUCUCUAGUUCACCAUAUCAUGCAAGCACUAACGGUGCUGCUUGUAGAGCUUUCUUACUGUAUGGAUCACGUUUCUGGGGAUCAAGGUCUCCUACCAAGAGUCAAGAAGCUGACCAGACGGCUGAGAAUGUUAGGAGAAACGGAUCGAGUUGCAGAGCGUGCAUACCGGACCUCUUUUAACAUUUUAAAAACUCUGGCGCUCCGACUACGAUUCGACAUCUCCAACCUCUUGCAAGAGGACGUAUCAUUCCUAGUGACACCUCUUUCACAGAGCCAUGCUGUGGCAAGUGAUCCCAGCCAAAUCAACUACAACUACGGAGUCAGUUCACAAUCGAUGUUCACUUUCCCACCACCGUUAUUUCAAGGGAACUCUCAGACACCGGUAUCUGCUGGGCGUACUGGAACGUCGCCACAGGGAUCGUCGGAAUUUGGGUCUUCUUUCGGCAAUCUAUUCAGGACCGCUCACGAUCAGCACAAUCACUUCCUAUUUGAGGGGCAGUCCUCAUGA